UAUGAUAUAAUAAUAAGUAUCAGUGUAUUCAAAAUAUUUGUUUCACAAUAUUAACUUAUAGUUUAAUCUUAUGAACAAUUUAAUCACUUAUUAUUACAGUUUCAGUAUGCUCAUUAAAAAAAAUGCAAUUUGUUUCUUUAAUGUUUGAAAUACAUUUUCUAAUGAAAAAUUUAUAUAAUAUUUUUAUAAAUUACAAAUGGCAAAAGAUUUUUCGGAUUCAUUGUUGAUUUAAUUUAUUUUAUUUCUUAAUACAGUUACUUCCAAUACCAGACACUUUAUAUAUGUAAAAUCAAAAUUUUCAUUACAUAAUUAUUACAAAUAGAAUUAACAGAAAAUAAUAGGAAACUUAGAAUUUUACAAUUUAAUUAUAUAUAUUAAAUUUUUCUAUUUACACAUUUUAUAACAAGACGAUUAGAAGAGCUGAACUUAGCUGUGAUAAUUGAGUUAUUGUUCAAAGUGUAAUCGACGAAUGAUAAAUUUGUUUUAAAAUUAGUAUAAAUAACUUUUUAUUUAUUUGUGAAAUUUUAUUCUAUUAUUUUAUUGUGUAUUUGUUACAAUUUUUCUUCUUUUAUAAUUUUAUAUAAUAAUGGCAUGUUAUGUUUAAUUCUUUUCGGUCUUUAAUUUGGUAUAUCGUGCCCAAUAUCUUUUGAUAUUAUUUUUAACAAGUCUUGUUAAAAAUAAUAUUUCAAUAUCCUGAAAUCUAGUGUUACGAAAUUGUUAUCACAAAUUGUUUAAUAACAAAUUGUUAUUAUUAAAAAAUGUUAAUAGUAACAGUAAUAGAUAUUAUUUGUAAUGCGUUACCUUCCAUCCUUGGUAUGUACUCUAUCACAUUUGAGAGUUGAGAAAUACUGAUACAUCCUUCGAUAUAUUAAAAAGUGUAUACUCUAAUACGCAUGUGUAAAAAAAUUAAAGUGAUAAUGUAAAGCAUUAUUAUCUUAUAGUGGCAAGGAGAAAAGUGCAAUAAUUUAAAUAAUUUAUGUUUUCUUUCUUCUAUGUCUUCUUUUAAAUAAGGAACACUAAUAUAUGUAGUUAUAACUUUUCCAUCGAAAUGGUUUCAAUGUAUACUACAUACUUAUUACAGCAAGUAUCAAAUAUUUAACAAAAUAUAUUUAACUAUUUGCCUUUUUCUGAUAAGAUAAAGAAGAAGAAAUAGCAUGAUGUUAAAACGCAUUAACAAACAUUGUAAGAUAUUAAUACGUUGUAAUACACUCCAUUUCGCUGUUUACUUACAUCGCUUUUCUGCUAGUAUGUAUCUAGUAGAAGAACAUUACUAUACAAUCAAUAAAAUAUUAUUAAAAAUACUGGGUAUCUGGCCUCAUAACAAAUCGCGAUUGGUAUUCUAUCAGCGAAUAUUGUUUAUUAUCUUAGCUAUAACAUAUAUUAUCCUACAGGUAAUUAUUCUUAUAUUUAUAUCAACUCUUAUAAUGUAAUUUGUAAUUAAAGUGUGAUAUUUAACAAAAAAUAUUUUAUUUCAAUAAUUUUAGAAAUAUAAUGAAGAUAGAAAUCAAUUUAUAAUGUAAAAAUGUAAAAUUAUUUGUUUAUCGUGCAGUAGUAACACAAUAUUGAUACAUUCAUCAUAUUACUUAUUGUUUUUAGUUGUCAGUUUUUAUUACAUCGAAAUAUAACAUGGUCCUCUUUGUUAAAACUAUGUCGAUCGCUUUUCCUUCUAUAUUAGUUACAAUAAAGUACUGUAUUUUCAUUUUUAAAUUGAAAACCGUGAGUUGUCUCUAAAUUUACUUGUACAAACAACAAAUAAAGAUGUUCAUUGUAGAGUUGUACAUAUGACAAGUAUUAAACUAAUGAACACUUUAAUUACAGAUAAAAAUCAUGCAUAAUUUUAUUCAAGAGGACUGGAAAAUAAUGCGAAAUAAAUUAGAAAAUGAUAUUAUAGAGAAUCAUGCUCACGAUUUCCGAAAUUAUACUAUCCUCAUAUUCCGAUGCACUGGUAUUAUAAUGGUUAUUUUAGGCAUAAUCCAAUUUUUUCCUGUUAUUCUUGACUUUGUAUCGCCCUUAGACAAAUCUCGACCACGCAAACUUCUUAUUGAGGUGGAAUACUUUAUUAUUCAGGAUAAUCAUUUCUAUACUGUAGUACUCCACGCAACUAUUAUUUUUGCAAUAUAUGCUUCAAUAAUUUUAGCUACGGGAACGCAAUUGUUAUUAUUUUCGUAUCAUUCUUUCGGGAUGUUUAAAAUCGCUAGUCAUCGAAUACAGAAUUUCGUCGAUGAUCAUUUUAUACAUAUGCCAAAUUAUAAAAAGAAACGCGCAAUUUAUAAGAGGGUUAUCCAUGUUGUAAUUGCACAUCGUAGAGCUAUAGAAUUUGCUAAUAUUUUAACAUCAUCAUUUAAUAUACUAUAUUGCGUCCUUGCUAUUCUUGGAGUCUUUUCGUUAAGCAUCAAUUUAUUCAGAUUUAUUCAAGCUAUAACAGUGACAAGGAGUGUAGAAGAAGUAUUAAUAUGCUUUUUUAUUAUUUUGGGCCAUCUAAUUUACAUGUUUCUAGCGAAUUAUGUUGGACAAAAAGCUACUGACUGCAAUAAUGAAAUAUUUAAAUUAACAUAUGGUACAUCAUGGUAUUUAAUGCCUGUUACCUCACAAAAACUAAUUUUAUUUUUAAUGACAAGAAUUGGUAAAGAGUUUUACUACUCAAUCGGCUUUAUAUUUGUGGCAAAAAUAGAAAAUUUUUCAAUGCUCGUUAAUACUGCGCUAUCCUACGUUGCCGUAAUGUAUUCUGUCCAACAAAAAUAAAAAAGGUGCAUUAAUAAUGCAAUUAAUAAAUUAAUUUUUAUUUUUCCACAAAUACAUACGAAAAUAUAAAGAAGCUAUUAUGCUUUUUUAUAAAAUGUUAGUCGUACAUAGUUUUGUAAGACUGUAGCUUUAAUUCUUGUAUUUUUUUGCUAUAAUAUCGUACAUACAUAACACACAAGAUGUUUCUUUAAAUACAUAUAUAUAAUUAUUAUAUUAGUACAAUCUAUUAUACUUUAGUGUGCUUUGUUCAAAAAUAUGAAAUUUAGUUUAAUAAUAGUAACUAAUUAGUUUAAUAAUAAUAACUAAAUAUAUAUGCUUUUUGAUGUAAAAAAAUGUAAUGUAUUAUAAGAAAAAUAUAUAAAAAAUAUGUAAAAGAUCUUAAUCUUUUUCUUAAUUAAAAUACAUCGUUGAAUUAGAGAAAAGAUAGUAUAUUGCUUUGUUUUUUGAUAGAAAGAAAGUACACAGAGAAAGAUUUUUUUAAUUUAAUAAAUCCUUUUGUUUGACUAUUCCAAUUGGAAUAUAUAUAUAUAUAUAUAUAUAUGAAUAUAUACACAGUAAAAAAAUUUGUGUUAAAUUUAACAGAUAUUGCAUGCCCAAAACGGUCCAUAGAAGUUUUUUUGUUAAUUUAACGUAUUAAGCAUGUUAAAUAGCAACAUAAAUAUUAUGUUAUAUUUUAACAUAAAA